CUCCGUGUUUGUAUCGCGGCGAUUGGCAACAUAACUGCCUUAUUUACAUUAAAUACGCCACAAGGUUACAGCGCGGAUCAACGUCAUUUGAUCGCUGAUGACUCCCUUAAACGCCCGGGCUGUGACUGAUUCUCCGCGUCCCGCUGUCCACCGAGAUUCACCCGGGAGUUUUUUUUUUCCCCCCAGAAAAGAAACAGACUUUAAAUAGUUUCAGGAGCAGCUCCUGUCCACCACUGCUUAAAGAAUACCCUUCAGCCAGGCGGGAGCUCCGUUGCUUUAGGACUUGCUCGGGAGCUGGGACGCCCCUCUGACAAUCUGUCAGUGCCUGGAUCAGCUACACCCUUUCGGGGGUAUUUUCUCACCCAACGGACAGUCCUUAAGACAAGUAUGCAGUUGAACUGCUAAGGGAUGGAAGAAGCCAGUCUGUGCCUUGGAGUGUCCUCGGCGGCGCCGGAAGCUGAGCCCCACCUGAGCGGCCCGGUCCUCAACGGCCAGUAUGCCAUGAGUCAGAAGUUGCACCAGAUCACCUCCCAGCUCAGCCAUGCCUUCCCGGAGCUGCACCCGCGGCCCAACCCCGAGGAGAAGACCACGGCGCCGCUGGACGAGAAGGCCCACGUGCCCAUGAGCAGCCAGCCCAUGGGCAGUCAGAUGGCGCUCCUGGCCAACCAGCUGGGCCGCGACGUGGACACCAGCCUCAACGGGCGCGUGGAUCUGCAGCAGUUCCUCAACGGGCAGAACCUGGGCAUCAUGUCGCAGAUGAGCGACAUCGAGGACGAUGCCCGCAAAAACCGCAAGUACCCGUGCCCGCUGUGCGGCAAGCGUUUCCGCUUCAACAGCAUCCUCUCUCUGCACAUGCGCACGCACACGGGCGAGAAGCCCUUCAAGUGCCCCUACUGCGACCACCGGGCGGCGCAGAAGGGGAACCUCAAGAUCCACCUGCGGACCCACAAACUGGGCAACCUGGGCAAAGGCCGCGGGCGGGUGCGCGAGGAGAACCGCCUGCUGCACGAGCUGGAGGAGCGGGCCAUCCUGCGGGACAAGCAGAUGAAGAGCAGCCUGCUGCAGCCCCGGCCUGACCUGAAGCCCCCGCCGCACGCGCAGCAGGCCCCGCUGGCCGCCUGCAACCUGGCGCUGCCCGCCAACCACAGCGUGCCUGACGUGGCCAAUCCCGUGCCCUCGCCCAAGCCGGCCAGCGUGCAGGAGGACGCCGUGGCCCCCGCCGCGGGCUUCCGCUGCACCUUCUGCAAGGGCAAGUUCAAGAAGCGGGAGGAGCUGGAGCGCCACAUCCGCAUCCUGCACAAGCCCUACAAGUGCACGCUGUGCGACUUCGCCGCCUCGCAGGAGGAGGAGCUCAUCAGCCACGUGGAGAAGGCGCACAUCACCGCCGAGUCGGCCCAGGGCCAGGGCCCCAACAGCGGCGGCGAGCAGUCGGCCAACGAGUUCCGCUGCGAGGUCUGCGGGCAGGUGUUCAGCCAGGCCUGGUUCCUGAAGGGCCACAUGCGGAAACACAAAGACUCCUUCGAGCACUGCUGCCAAAUCUGCGGCCGCCGCUUCAAAGAGCCCUGGUUCCUCAAGAACCACAUGAAGGUGCACCUCAACAAGCUGUCGGUGAAGAACAAGUCUCCCAGCGACGCCGAGGUGCCCGUGCCCAUGGGCGGCAUGUCCCAGGAGGCCCACGCCAACCUCUACUCCAGGUACCUCUCCUGCCUGCAGAGCGGCUUCAUGGCCCCCGACAAAGCCAGCCUGAGCGAGCCCAGCCAGCUGUACAGCAAAGGGGAGCUGCCCAUGAAAGAGAAGGAGGUCCUGGGGAAGCUGCUGUCCCCCAUCUCCGGCAUGGCCCACGGCGUCCCCGAGGGCGACAAGCACUCCCUCCUGGGCUGCCUCAACCUCGUGCCCCCCCUGAAAUCCAGCUGCAUCGAGCGGUUGCAGGCGGCUGCCAAAGCCGCCGAGAUGGACCCCGUGAACAGCUACCAGGCUUGGCAGCUGAUGGCCAGGGGCAUGGCCAUGGAACAUGGCUUCUUGUCUAAAGAGCAUCAGCUACAGCGCAACCACGACGACACUUUGGCAAGCGCCGGAGUUAUGUUUGAUAAGGAGAAGCGGGAGUACGUGUUAGUGGGAGCAGAUGGCUCCAAGCAGAAAAUGCCUGCUGAUUUGGUUCACAGCACUAAAGUGGGCAAUCAGAGAGACCUGCCAAGUAAGCUCGACCCUUUAGAAGGCAGUCGGGAGUUUUUGUCACAUGGGCUGAACCAGGCACUCGAGUACAACCUGCAGGGGCCCGGGAGCAUGAAGGAGAAGCCCACCGAGUGCCCAGACUGCGGCCGCGUGUUCCGCACCUACCACCAGGUGGUCGUACACUCCCGCGUGCACAAGCGGGACCGCAAGGGUGACGAGGACGGGCUCCACGCGGGCCUGGACGAAAGGCGUGGCUCGGGCAGUGACCAGGAGUCUCAGUCCGUGAGCCGUUCCACCACACCCGGCUCUUCCAACGUCACCGAGGAGAGUGGGGUCGGAGGCGGGCUCUCCCAGACGGGGAGCGCCCAGGAGGACAGCCCACACCCCUCCUCCCCGUCCUCCUCAGACAUUGGCGAGGAGGCUGGGAGAGCUGCCGGCGUCCAGCAGCCCGCGCUGCUUCGCGACAGGAGCCUGGGCUCGGCCAUGAAGGACUGCCCCUACUGUGGGAAAACCUUCCGGACAUCCCAUCACCUAAAGGUUCACCUGAGGAUACACACAGUGUGUGUCCACACCCUAACCAGCAGGAGGAAAGGAAGUGACUUGUACCCACAAGGUGAGAAGCCCUACAAAUGUCCCCACUGUGACUACGCGGGCACCCAGUCAGCCUCUCUCAAGUACCACCUCGAGCGGCACCACCGGGAGCGGCAGAAUGGAGCAGGGCCACUGUCCGGGCAGCCCCCCACCGCAGACCACCGGGACGAGAUGGCCAGCAAAGCUGCUUUGUUUAUCAGGCCCGACAUCCUGAGGGGGGCUUUCAAGGGUCUCCCCGGGAUCGACUUCAGAGGGGGCCCUGCAUCCCAGCAGUGGACAUCAGGGCUCUCGUCAGGAGAUCACACAGGCCAAGCCGCUGGCCUGUCUUCAGAGACCCCCGCUGAUGCUCUCAAGGGCACUGACCUUCCUUCCAAAAGCAGCCACUUCUCUGAAAUCGGACGCGCUUAUCAGAGCAUCGUGAGCAAUGGCGUGAAUUUUCAGGGGUCCUUGCAAGCUUUCAUGGACAGCUUUGUCCUCAGCUCCCUGAAGAAGGAGAAGGACAUGAAGGACAAGGCCCUGGCCGAUCCUCCUUCCACCAAAGUGCACGGGGCAGACGGUGGGGAGGAGAAAGCGGGCACCAAGCCGGCCCCCAGGAAGUCAGAGAAGUCUCAGUAUGAGCCACUGGACCUGUCGGUGCGGCCAGAUGCCGCCUCUCUGCCAGGCUCAUCCGUGACGGUGCAGGACAGCAUCGCGUGGCACGGCUGCUUGUUUUGUGCUUUCACCACGUCCUCCAUGGAGCUGAUGGCCCUGCAUCUGCAGGCCAAUCACCUGGGCAAAGCGAAACGCAAAGAAAACGCCAUCGGAGCGGCUGUCAAUUGCAAAGACCAGGCCCGCGAGGCCAGCAAACUGGCUCUGCUGUCAUCUGCACAAUCGAACAAAGAGAUGGGGCUCUCCAACAUGAUGGGUCCCCUGGACGCAGCGCCCGAGAAGAUGGCCCAAGGGCAGGUCAAAGAGACUCUGGGGGAGCAGAGGAGUGGCCCGUGGCCCGGCCACGUGGACCCUGCCUUUUGUAACUUCCCAUCAGAUUUCUACAAGCAGUUUGGCGUUUACCCAGGCAUGGUUGGCUCAGGGGCCUCUAGCUCCUGCCCCAACAAGGAGCCGGAUGGGAAGGCCCACUCGGAAGAUGACACCCCGAUUCUGAUCCCCGAAACCACAAACAAGAACACUACUGACGACCUCUCUGACAUCGCCUCCUCCGAGGACAUGGACUCUUCCUCCAAGGGAGAAAACAACGACGAAGAGGAUAUCGAGACGGAGCCAGAGAUGGUGACCAAGCCACCGUCGUCCCUCAGCAAGGACAGCAGCAGUGAUGGUGGGGACAGCCUGCUGCCCACGGCCACCCCUCAGCCCGUCCAGGGACUGGUCUCACCUUUACCCCAGGCAUCGGAGAAGCAGUGGCAUGGGCCGGGCCUUCUUGUGUCACAGGACCCCUCGGUGGGGCUACCCAAACCAGAGCGGGGGCCCCCGGGACUGGAGAAGCCAAUGAACAUGCUGUCGGUCCUCAGGGCCUAUAGCGCUGAUGGCUUAGCAGCCUUUAACGGACUUGCAAGUAGCGCAGCCAAUUCUGGAUGUAUCAAGAGGCCAGACUUGUGUGGUAAGUGACACCCCCUGUUCUAGUCGGUCUAGCUGGACUUGCCCUUGUCUGUUCGUGCUCCUCGGUGGCUAUCUGCAGCUUGUUAAUCGUGUAAAGUCAAGAGAAGAAUGUAUACACAUAUGUGUGUUGAAUAAAUAAUUACUAUUGGCAUAGGUAUGUGUAUACACACGGCACACCAACCUACAGUAUAUAUAGCAAAGAAUCAGGAAGGCUAAAAAUAUUGCCCCAUAUGUUCCACCAUUAGUCAUGGAUUGCAAGGGUUUAGUAACUUGAACGGGAGAGAAAAUUCCCUCCAAGUCAUGAAUCCUGAGUGACAGAUGCUGGUGGAUUGGAGGUCCCUUCUCUGUGAGACGCUGAUGGGGCCUGCUACACCAGCUCACCACAGCUUCUAGAGGUGGGCCCUGCGCUGGUCUCCUUGGCAUUACUGCUUGUGUCUGAUUGUCCUGUAUUUUGUAACACUUUAGAAGAACACAGAAAAGUGCAGUAAUUCUUUCUCCAUAGUAUUUAAGCAGUACUAUUGCUAGUUGAAUAUUGUGUCAGGUUGUCAUAUUAACCAGGAACAGAUGACAGUAAGAUCCCAGUGAGCAGCACCUUGACACCCACAACUUUGAAACGGUGAUUGAAGCAAAUGUGUAAACUUGUACUGGGUUUCGUGUGCUUUGGAAUAGAGUAUUGUUGAAGUAAUUAGACGAUAUAUUAAGGUGUUCCUGGUAAUGAAGGCAUGUAAGUUAUAAUAAUUGUAGCUUUCUGAAUACGUGUCAAACUAUAUCUUUAAGUGUGCUGUAUGCUGAGUUACAAGUUAGGUCAUUUAUGAAUGGAAUGUAAAACAAUACUAAAAAAUGCUUCAAUAACUUAUCUUGGUAUUGCUAAUAAAAAAAAAGCUG